AUGGUGCUAAGAUUCCUCUGGUCUUUAGUUCACCGCUUUGAAGUCCCAUUAGACCUCACCUCCGUGCCUGUGAUUGACAACUUCGUGGGGCGGCAAGCGGAGCUAGACAGCCUAUGGCAGUAUUUAAAACCGACAGAUUCCCAGUCACGGAAAGUUGCGGUUCUGCAUGGGCUUGGGGGCAUGGGAAAGACACAGCUCGCGGUUCGUUUUGCACGAGAACAUAAACACGAUUUCACCACUGUACUUUGGUUAAAUGGCAAAGAUCGAGACACACUCUUGCAAUCAUUCAGCUCUACUUUAUCGCGGUUACCUGGGCACUCCCAAAAUCACGAGGCGAUUAAUAACGAGGAGCUGGAGGGGCGAGCUAAACAGGUUUUACGGUGGCUAGCGACUGAUGGCAAUUCACGCUGGCUACUGAUUUUCGACAAUAUCGAUCAAUAUUCUCCUAUUGAUAGCGACAUUGACGGUGGAUAUGAUAUUGGAACAUUCUUCCCUCCAGCAGAUCAUGGCUUUAUUCUUAUUACCUCUCGACUAUUAGGCUUAACCGAGCUAGGAAGGUCUUUCCCAGUCCGUAAGCUUGAUUUAACGGAUGCAAUUCAAUUACUAUCCCAGAAUUGCGGUCUAACGACAAAUACCACCAAGGACCUUGAGAGUAGUCCAGACAUCCUUACCCUAAGUAGUCGUCUUGAUGGACUGCCACUAGCGAUUACCAUCGCGGCCGCAUUCAUGCGCCAAACUGGAGCCAGCGUCACUGAAUACUUGCAAUAUUACCAAGAAUCUUGGUCUGAUUUACAGUUACAAUCAAGUGCUGGACGUCAGUACCAGCAGGGCAAUAUGUUACAAACGUGGAUGAUCUCAUAUCGUGAAAUUCAAAAGCGGGACCCAAACGCAGCACAGCUACUAUUACUACUUGCUCGCUUUGAUAACCGGGAUAUCUGGUAUGAGUUAGUGAAAGGUGGUCAAUGUGCCUCCAAUAUCCCCAGCUGGCUUAAAAAGGCUACAUCGAGCGGACUCGCCUUUAAAACCACGUUGAGGACUCUCAUCGGAUUCUCUUUUCUUGAGACUAAGCAACAGGAGGGAAGCUAUGCAAUGCACCCAGUGGUAAAAGACUGGUGUCUUCACAUUAUCAGCAACGACAACAAUGUGAAUUCUAUCCAGAUCUGUGAACUAGCGCUAAUCUCCGUUGGAUGUAUUGUCCCUGGUGCGAAUGAUAAGAAUAGCUCAGAGCUUCAGCGACGGCUUAUUCCCCAUGCAAACUACGUUCAACAUGGGGAAUUAUCUGGUAACGACUUUGCUAUAUGGAGGGCGUUUCAUGGCUUAGGAAAUCUCUACUCCACUCAGGGCAAGCUAAAGGAGGCAAAUGAGACAUAUCAACGAGCACUAGCAGGGUACGAGAAGGCUCUAGGUCCAGAUCAUGCUUCCACUCUUCAUACAGUUCAUGACCUUGGUACUCUCUAUAAGCGCCAGGAUAAGCUACAGUUGGCAGAGAAGAUGUACCAGAGAGCAUUAGCAGGCUGUGAGAUUGCCCUAGGUCCAGACCAUACCUACACUCUCAAUGUUGUUCACAGCCUUGGUCAUCUCUACCAUAUCCAGGAUAAACGAAAGGAAGCAGAGGAGAUAUACCAGCGAGCACUGGUAGGGUUCGAGAAGGUUGGUCCAGAUCAUACUCACACUCUUGAUGCAGUUCACAGCCUUGGUCAUCUCUACUGUGCUCAGUACAAUAAGCUGAAGGAGGCAGAGGAGAUGUACCAGAGGGUACUAGUAGGGUACGAGAAAGCCCUAGGUCCAGAUCAUGUUUCCACACUUGCUAUAGUGCGCAGCCUCGGGAGUCUCUAUAGGCGCCAGGACAAGCUAGAGGAGGCAGAGAAGAUGUACCAGAGAGCACUAGUAGGUUAUGAGAUGGCCCUAGGUCCAGAUCAUACUUACACUCUUACUACAGUACUCGGCCUUGGUCAUCUUUACUAUAUCCAGGGUAAGCAGAAGGAGGCAGAGGCAAUGUACCAACGAGCAAUCGCAGGGCAUGAGAAGACCCUUGGCCCAGAUCAUACUCGCACUCUUGAUGCAGUUCACAGCCUUGGCAAUCUCUACUAUAUCCAGGAUAAGCUGAAGGAGGCAAAUGAGAUGUACCAGCGAGCACUAGCAGGGUACGAGAAGGCCCUAGGUUCAGAUCAUGCUUCCACUCUUGCUAUAAUCCGCUGCCUUGGGAAUCUCUACAGGCACCAGGAUAAUCUGAAGGAGGCAGAGAAGAUGUACCAGAGGGCAUUGGCAGGCUAUGAGAAGACCUUAGGUUCAGAUCACAGAAUGACCCAAAGAGUUCUAGAGCAGCUUGGCAAGUUGAAUAUCAAAGAUGGACACUAG